GUACCAAUAAGACAUUCUCUGUUACUUUGCAGAACUGCCAUGCACGGUUAUUCCCGGGAAGCUGAAGCAGUUGGACGUGGGGAAUGGAGAAGUCUACGGGGUGGCAGAUGAUGACACUAUUUACUUCUGGCACUCAAACCAUUGAAGGAAGGCUCACUCACGUGACUGUGGGACCAGCAGGAGUUUGGGGAGUCAACAAAGAUGACUACAUUUACAGACUGAAUAAUUUCUACUGGGUACAAGUAUCAGGGCGCUUGAAUCCGAUAGAUGCUGGGGGUGAUAAAUUCAUUUCAGGAGCCAAUGCUGAUGAUGACAUUUAUUGCGUGAGCCAGGAUCCAAGCACCUUCCCUGCAAAUGCCAUACCCUAUGUACAUGUUGAAGGGAAGCUGAAGCAUUAUGCCUGCGGGCCUCUUGGUUGCUGGGGAGUCAAUAGUGCCAAUGAGAUCUAUUAUCGUAACCAGGUGACCCCCAAGCUCAUGCCAGGGUACAGGAUGGGUUAGGGUGGAAGGCAG